UGGGGUGGGGGGCAGCGGGCGGCGGCAGCAGUGGCCGCACAUCUGGAUGGAAGCAAGCUUUGUCCAGACCACCAUGGCUCUGGGGCUGCCCUCCAAGAAAGCAUCUUCCCGCAACGUGAUCGUGGAGCGCAGGAACCUGAUCACCGUGUGCAGGUUCUCUGUGAAAACCUUGCUUGAGAAGUACACAGCAGAACCCAUUGAUGAUUCAUCUGAGGAGUUUGUUAAUUUCGCAGCCAUCUUAGAGCAGAUCCUCAGCCACCGAUUUAAAGCUUGUGCCCCAGCAGGUCCAGUGAGCUGGUUCAGCUCAGAUGGACAACGGGGCUUCUGGGACUAUAUCCGGCUGGCCUGCAGCAAAGUGCCCAACAACUGCGUGAGCAGCAUCGAGAACAUGGAGAACAUUAGCACAGCUCGAGCCAAGGGCCGGGCGUGGAUCCGGGUGGCUCUGAUGGAGAAGCGUAUGUCAGAAUACAUCACCACAGCUCUGCGGGACAACCGAACUACCAGACGGUUCUACGACUCCGGAGCCAUCAUGCUGCGGGAGGAAGCCACUGUCCUCACUGGGAUGCUGAUUGGCCUCAGCGCCAUCGACUUCAGCUUCUGUCUAAAGGGCGAAGUUCUGGACGGGAAGACGCCGGUGGUCAUCGAUUACACGCCCUACCUAAAAUUCACCCAAAGCUACGACUACCUGACGGAUGAGGAGGAGAGGCACAGUGCAGAGAGCAGCACCAGCGAGGACAACUCCCCGGAGCACCCCUACCUGCCUCUCGUCACCGAUGAAGACAGUUGGUACAACAAGUGGCACAAGAUGGAACAGAAGUUUCGCAUUGUCUACGCACAGAAGGGAUACCUGGAGGAGCUGGUGCGUCUGCGCGAGUCGCAGCUGAAGGACCUGGAGGCGGAGAACAGGCGGCUGCAGCUGCAGCUGGAGGAGGCAGCGGCCCAAAAUCAGCGGGAGAAGCGGGAGCUGGAAGGCGUGAUCCUGGAGCUGCAGGAGCAGCUGACAGGUCUGAUCCCGGGUGACCAUGCCCCCCUGGCCCAGGGUUCCAAGGAGUUCACCACACCCCUGGUCAACCAGUGGCCGUCCCUGAGCACACUCAAUAGGCCCGAGGGUGCCGGCAACUCCAAGCUCUAUCGGAGACACAGCUUCAUGAGCACAGAGCCGCUGUCUGCAGAGGCCAGCCUGAGCUCAGACUCCCAGCGCCUGGGAGAGGGCAAGAGAGACGAACCCUGGGGCCCCAUCGGAAGCUCAGAACCCAAUUAGUGGCUCCCUCCGAGUGAAUGUCCAGGACUUCAACGCAUGCACUUGUGUUGACCCUCCCCUGGUCCACCUCGGCUUCUGCCUUCCUAGUUGCCCCCAUGCCUGGACCUCCUUUUUUUUUUUUUUUAAUAUAUAGAUAUAUUAUACUGUAUCAGGUAACUCUGAGACGAGGCAGGCUUUGGACGUGUAACCCACCGCACUGUGCUUGUGACCGUGUAUGUCUCCCCCAUCAGACUGUGAGCCCCACAAGGGCAGGGACCGUGUCUUCUUGUCCAUCCUCUGUAUCCCCAGAGUGUGAAGCAGAGCAAAUGUUCACUGUGUACUUAAUAAAUGGACAAAGAGGGGCUGCACCUCAGGGGGAGACAGAGACAUAAACUGAUGGUUUAUGACAUGGUGUCUCAAGCCCUGUGCAAGGAAUGUUCAAUUCAAGUCCUGUGUAAGGAAGGUUUAAUUAAAAAUGGCAGAUGCUCCAGAAGAGGCCAUGUCUCCUGGGGGUGACCUGAGUCGCCCCCUUUCUGCCCACCACCGAGGGCCUCCUCCCCACAUACACGCAGCCUGCUUGGCCUGGCCUGACCCGC